UCUCUGGUACACCUGACGGGCACAGUGCUGCAGAGAGAAUAGCGACGCCUCCUACGACCCUGCUACACUGGCCCCCAAGUAGCAGUUGUCAUGUUCAACAUGCCUAUGCACAUAUCGAUGUCACGCACAUGACGAGACAAAACCCCAACAUGGUGGAUUGAUCUGAACGGGAUUACUUGACAGUGCUUGGGACUACACUUUGAAAAGUAUAGUUUGGUUCGUUACAUCAGCCAAAAAGAUAUUUCUACGACAGCAAGUAGUACAAUCGUUUGUUGAAAAUGAUGGUUAAACAAAACCAAGUACAUGUAUUACUGGUUCUGACUGUGACUUUCAUCCAUGGUGUAUCCCCUACACAAGCCCCGAGUCCAGGUGGAGUGGCAACCUUGAAGACAGAAUACACCAUAACUGGUGCCAGAAGCAACUAUACCGGCUUUAUAUGGGUACGACCAACUGACGGUCGGUAUGUCGUCACCUGCAACCCCAGCUGCAGCCCCGUGGCUGGAUACAGUGCAACUAUGAACGCCACACACUCUACACUCACUAUACACAGUGUCGGAGUGAAUGAUGCUGGAACAUGGAGGAUACAAGAUGCAAUAAAUGAUACAAGUGCGCCGCAAGGCGUGUGGGAAGUGAUGGUCUCCAAAACUCCAGAAUGUAACAUCAGCAGUGAUGUGGACACAGACGCCCUUGAGCUCGGCACAAACCUGACAGUCACAGUGUACAUCAACGACUACUACUGUUCCCAGGAAACUGGCUUUAACCUUACCACUGGUGCUGUCAUGGAGACGUUGUCGACAAAACACAACGUCAGUGAUGUCCAACCUGACGUCAUUAACAAAACUAUCAAUAUUGUCCUUUCACGUUUUGGUGACGUCACGGUGUCGUUUGCAUGUGACAUCAUGAGCAGUGAUCUGAGCUGUAGUGGAGUUAAGAGGUUGUUAAAAAGUCCCCCACAGUGCAACAUCAGCAGUGAUACAGACACUGAUGUACUGGAGCCAGGUACAAAUCUCACCCUGACAGUAGACAUCAGAGGCUACUACUGUUCUCAACAAGCUGGGUUUGAUCUAACUACAGGCAGCGUCACAGACGUCUUGUUGCAGAACCAGACCACGCACAACAUCACCGACACUGUCCAGCACCACUUCUUCAACGUCUCAUCUGAUCGUUUUGGAAAUGUCAGUGUUAUGUUUAGAUGUGACAACAGCAAUAGAUCAAUUACGUGCGAUGGAGUUUCCAAGUUGAGCGCUGCUUCUUCACCAACAACAGCCCCCACAUCGACAGCUGCUCCUUCACCAACAACAUCCCCUACGUCGACAGACCAGCAUGUAGCGCGAAUAUUGCUGAGUGCGGUGUUAAACAACGUACACACAAACGAAACUGUCGUCAAACCAUUCCAUCAGUUCAAACUUAUGCUAUUAAGCUGCUCCUUCACCAACAACAUCCCCCACAUCGACAGCUGCUCCUUCACCAACAACAUCCCCUACGUCGACAGCUGCUCCUUCACCAACAACAUCCCCCACAUCGACAGCUGCUCCUUCACCAACAACAUCCCCUACGUCGACAGACCAGCAUGUAGCGUGAAUAUUGCUGAUUUCGGCGUUAAACAACGUACACACAAACGAAACUGUCGUCAAACCAUUCCAUCAGUUCAAACUUAUGCUAUUAAGCUGCUCCUUCACCAACAACAUCCCCCACAUCGACAGCUGCUCCUUCACCAACAACAACCCCUACGUCGACAGGAAGCAGUAACACGUCACCAAGCUCACCAACAGUAUCUGAGAGGUCGUCAACACCAACAAGUCCAACUACGACAGAGUCAUCACCAUCCGACCUCACCUUAGGUCUUGCUAUUGGACUGCCGCUGCUCUUUUGUGUAAUUGCACUUGCUAUUGCAUUACGUUUCCACCGGAAAAAAAAAGGAAAGUACAUUGCAUAAGGAAACCUUUUUUUUCUGGUGGGAGUCGUUUUAAAACCAAAUCACAGUGCGCUCGUCUGUCCCAUAGAGAUCCCACCACAGCCACCAUCCUGCUGGCUCUGCACUUAUACAGAAACCACACCGUACGGCCACAGACAAGAUCGACACUGGGGACUUAGUAUAUGGUGUGUACUUUAAUCGACACCGCCCAGUAUAUAUCAUGUGUGUUUAUAUGUGUAACUGAGUCAUGUAUAUUUCAUCAUAGCCAGUAUGGUAUUACCUCAAUGUGUCUUUCCGACAUUCGGUAUUUUUAUGUGCACACUGUACCCCAAAUGACGUAUUUGGUCAAGCCUUUGAAUUUAUUUGUGUUGGGAUUCUUUCAAAUGUCUCCAGUCGAAGACGGACAUGCAGAUACCGGUGGCGCCCAGACAGUCCGAGACCGCCUCCGUGGUCUUGUGGUAGAGCGUCCGCCCGGAGAGCGGAAGGUCCGGGGUUCGAUCC